AUGAACCCUGGAAGUUACUUCCCCGCGGCGCCGCCGCCUCCUCCUCCCCUGUCAUUCCAGGGCAUCAAUAGUUUAUACACAAGUGCGAGGACCAAAUUCUUUUUAAUCAAAAGCUCGUCAGACAAAAAUAUCUCCAUUUCGCUAAACUUUAACAUUUGGGCCACGACUCCAAAAAAUGAACAUAAGUUUGUUCCCGCUUUUACGGAAAACGACUACGUGAUACUGAUCUUCUCCGUCAAUGGGAGCUCCAAAUUUUGCGGUUACGCCGUCAUGCGGUCCAUGCCGGGCGAAUCCAAAAACAGCAAUGUCUAUUUCUACUAUGAUGACAAAAUAUUUCGAGGACGGAACUUUGACAUUCAGUGGAUUCGAGUCGUCGAUGUGUCCUUUCAAGAAGUGUCUCACUUAAAAAAUAGCUUGAACGAAAAUAAGCCAAUCAAAGUUGGGCGGGAUGGACAGGAAAUUGAACGAAUGGCCGGCAUAAAACUUUGCGAGGUGUUCGAAGCUAAAUACCUGAGCAUGGCUUCUUGCACGGACCAAGGUGCGCAAGAGGAGAUACAAUCAAAUCAGGCAAAUCAUGCAAACCAGACGAUCCAAGUGAACCAGGUGAAUCAGGCAAAUCAGACAAACCUGGCGAAACAGUCUAAACAAACGAGUAACACAGCGUAUGAGACAAGCACGAACCUGCUAUCGAGCAGCCCGCUCGGGACGGAGAAAAGGGACUGCGUGAAACUCUUCCCCCUGAGUAACAACUUAAACAUAAACUACGGCACCUUCAAAAGGAUGUAUGCCGAGUCCCAGUACAACUUGGUCAACAUAUACAACCCCGCACUGCACGUCUUCCCGAUCGAUCUCACGAACAUGAGUUACGACGAGUACAUUGAUUUGUACGAGUCGACGCAGCAGGUGUGGCAGCGGAAGAUGCUCCAGUUGCGGUUAGGCGGUUAG